UAUUCCAGUGCACUGUGAAUGCCUAGAGCCGCAAAGAAGAAGCAGCACACUCAGCAGCCUGUAUUUUUCACUUAUUGCAAUCGGGAUUUAAUAUCUCUGGAAAUAAGCGCAGGAUUACAUGUCUAACACGCGCAAGGAUCCUUGCAAAGCUAACGCCUGCCGCAUACAAGCCUGUCUAAAGGAUAAUAACUACCAGGAGGAUAAAUGCCUAAAUGUCCUGGAGGAUAUGCGCCAGUGUUGUCUGAAGUGGCAUAAAGAAUCGCUUUGCUGCAGUGGAAUCGAUCUGGAAAAGGUCUACCUGCCAGAAGCAUCCAGGGGCAAGAACCCAACCGGCAAGUCAAACAAAUAAUGACCAUACCGCAGUAUAAACCACCAAAGGAUAUCCAAGACUUGCUAGACAAAAAGGAGCAGCAACAGGCGACCCAGCGCAGGCGAACCGCUGUGCUGCCCAAGCG